UUGCCAUUACAUUGCGUGAAGAGGGCGGGGUGGCAGAGUUUACGCAUCUGGGAAGCGCCCGCGGAGUCGUGGCAACUUAUCAACUACCUGUUGGUGUGUUCUCACAGACUUUGUUUCAGUGCUUUUCGUAGCUAUAUGGAGCACAUCUUGACACUGAUGGACAUUGGACGGGCCAGGGGCAGGGAUGGUCGGCUACGACCCGAAAGCAGAUGACAGGAAUAACUCCAAGUUUGAGGUGGCGGUGGCAGGGUCUGUGUCUGGACUUGUUACGCGCGUGCUGAUCAGUCCCUUGGAUGUCAUCAAGAUCCGUUUCCAGCUCCAGAUCGAGCGUCUGUCUCACCGUGACCCAAAAGCUAAGUAUCAUGGGAUCCUUCAGGCCUACAAGCGGAUCUUGCAAGAGGAGGGCCUGACAGCAUUCUGGAAAGGUCACAUUCCAGCACAGCUUCUCUCCAUAGGCUAUGGCGCUGUCCAGUUUUUGUCAUUUCAACUGCUGACUGAGCUGGUCCACAGAGCCAAUGUGUAUGAGACCCACGAAUUCUCAACGCAUUUUGUGUGUGGCGGGCUGUCUGCCUGCAUGGCCACCCUCGCUGUACACCCUGUGGACGUUCUGCGCACUCGCUUUGCAGCUCAGGGUGAGCCCAGGGUCUAUAAGACCCUGCAAGACGCCGUGGUGACCAUGUACAGGACUGAGGGACCCCUGGUCUUCUACAAAGGCUUGGCCCCCACCUUGAUUGCCAUCUUCCCCUACGCUGGGCUGCAGUUCUCCUGUUACAAGUCCUUGAAGCACGCCUAUGACUGGGCCAUCCCAGCCGAUGGGAAGCAAACUGGAAACUUGAAAAACCUGCUUUGUGGCUGUGGAGCUGGAAUCAUCAGCAAGACCCUUACAUAUCCCCUGGACCUCUUCAAGAAACGGCUGCAGGUUGGCGGGUUUGAGCACGCCAGGGCUGCCUUCGGCCAGGUGCGGAGCUACAGGGGCCUCCUGGAUUGCACCAAGCAGGUGCUGCGAGAAGAAGGCACCCAUGGCUUCUUCAAGGGUCUGUCCCCAAGCAUGCUAAAGGCUGCCCUCUCCACAGGCUUUGUGUUUUUCUGGUAUGAGUUCUUCUGUAACCUUUUCCACUGCAUGAAGAAGGCGGGCAGCUAGCUCUGAGAGCGAGAAGGCCCUAAGCUCUUCACUGGAGGCCACCUCCCAAAACAAGCAAGACUCAGCCUUGGAGCCCAUGUUGCACUGAGAGGUGCUGCCUGGCCUGAGCACUGGGAGAGGUAUCCUGAGCAUGAAGUAUCCCUGGGAGCAAGGCGGCAGCCUUGACCUAUCAGCUGGGACGCCACCGGAGGGCAGGGACUUUCUCCAUGAAAGAACAGCGGUACCCAGGACUCAGCUGUGGGACCAACACCAGCAAGAAGCAGCUUAUAGUUCUUUCUCCUCUGCCCGUCCCAAACCCAGAAGGAUCAGGUGCCGUCCUCCCCUGCACAGCCAGUCCGCUAGAACUCCCGCAGCUCUGGAAGAGACCGAGGCUCCAGUGCAGAAGGCUGGGCUUGGGCUCUUUGCAGGAGUCUGGUCUCCACACUUGGCUUUUUCCCAUCAACUUAUUCAACAGACAUUAAAGCAAAAAGCACAUUCCUUAU